AUGGAAUCUAAACAUACCAAGUCAGGAAAAAAGAAAUCAUCAAUGCUUUCGGUGAUAUUCUGUUGUGCAGCUCCUCGUGAAGAUAGAAAGAAAGAAAUCACAACCAAGACAUCUUCUGGUAGUACUUGUCGUGGUGGUGAUGGUGGUAGUAGUAUCAAAACUAUACCCAAGGUUUCUGUUACUGGCGGUGGUGGUGGUAGUAGUACCAAAACUAUACCUAAGGCUUCUGGUAUUGGUGGUGGUAGUAUUACAAAAACUACACCCUCUUACCAAAGGAAUACAGAUAUGGAUAUGAGCAUACUACUUACGGCGGGAAUUGUAACUGCUGAUACUAACGGAAUUAACGGUGGUGGUGAUGCUGGAGGUUGUGAUGAUAGUCAUGCUCAUGCUGAAGGUGGUGGUGGUGAUGUUGGGGGUGGUAGUGGUGGCGAUAAUGCCAAAGGUCGUGCUCAUGCUCAUGGUAGCGGUAGUGGUGAUCAUGCCAAAGGUGGUGGUCAUGCUCAUGGUAGCGGUAGUGGUGAUCAUGCCAAAGGUGGUGGUGGUCAUGCUCAUGGCAGCGGUAGUGGUGAUCAUGCGAAAGGUGGUGGUCAUGCUCAUGGUAGUGGUAGUAGUGAUCAUGCUAAAGGUGGUGGUGGUGGUGGUCAUUCCAGUAGUACUGGUGGUCGUUCUCAUUCUUCUUAUAGUACUGGAGGUGGUCAUUCUUCUCAUUCUUCUUAUGGACAUUCUCAUUCUUCUGGAGGUGGUGAUGGUCAUUCUUAUUCUAGUCAUUCUAGUUACGGAGGCGGACAUUCUUCUUCUCACGGAGAUUAUGGGGGUGGUCAUUCUCAUGGUUGGUGA